UCUCUUCUGUCAGGUCCAAAGAGAGGAUUCAAGGUCAGCAAGAAUGGCUUUUUUGAAGUUCUCAGCUCUGACUAUACUGCUGCUGUCUGCCUACUGUUGGGCUGACAAUGAGGCAGAUGAUGUCACAGAAGAUCUGAGCAACCUUUCUGUGUCAGAACUUCUGGAGCGAGCCAAUAGUAAUCGGAUCCGUUCAGCUGAUGAGCCAUUGCUCACUGAAGGAGACAUUGCCAUUGACAGUGCUGCAGAGAGAAAUGCUGACCCCUGCACCAGUCGAAGUUGUACAUGGGGCAAGUGGAGUGAUGGAAAAGUCUACGUUCCUUAUUACAUCACGAAUCACUUCUCGUCCCGUGAAAAGGCCAUCAUCACCCGCGGACUGGAGUCCUUCUCUUCAUUUUCCUGCAUCCGCUUCAGGCCCACCAGAAGCAGUGACCGUGACUGGCUGAGCAUCGAGUCCCAGAAUGGAUGCUACUCCUUUGUCGGUCGUCGUGGUGGUAAGCAGGUGGUUUCUCUGGCUCGCCAUGGAUGCCUUUAUCAUGGCACUGUCCAGCAUGAGCUGCUCCAUGCUCUCGGAUUCAACCACGAACAGACACGCUCUGACAGAGACAGCCACAUCAGAGUUCUGCUGCAGAAUGUUCAAUCUGGAAUGGAGCACAACUUCAGGAAAAUUGCCACCCUCAACCAGGGCACCUCUUAUGACUACAACUCUGUCAUGCAGUACCACAAGUAUGCUUUCUCUAAGAACAAUCAGCCCACCAUGCUGCCUAUUCCUAACUCCAAUGUAUCAUUUGGCAACGCAAAGGAGAUGAGCCGCACUGACAUCGCCAGGCUCAACAAUCUCUACAAGUGUUAGGAAGCCUUUUGUCAAUGUAACGAAGGAGCCAUUGGGCAUCAGAAUUGCAGCUGUGAAUUCAACAGCAAACUCUGUGAUUUUGCAAUAAAUUUACAUGAACAUGA